AUGGAAUGUGGUCAGAGAAUCCAGAGUCCGCAGUGUUCUGUUUCGGUGCACGAGGUUAUUCAUACAGCGCUGUAUUUAAAUAUGAAUAUGAAUAUGAAAGCUACGGUGAUUGUAGGGGGGAUUGAGAAAAAUUGUCCAGACCCAGGAAUACUGAAGAACGGUAACGUGACUUGUCAAUAUUCAAGCCUAUGCUACGCUGCAACUAUGCAAAUUACACUGUCAUGUGACGACGGCUUUCAACUUGUUAACGGUCUGGAUACGUUUACAUGCCAGUUAGAUUUUUCCGAUUUUUCUGUAAUGUGGAACCCGGAAUUUAAUUUUUCCACCAGUAAUCCAGAAUGUCAGCGCAUAUGUGAAGACCCAGGUACCCCUGAUAACGGAGAAUUGGUAGAGGGUUCUCUUCCUGUAAUACCGGGGGAAACAAUAACGUAUGCGUGUAGUACUGGAUACACGAUAUCAUCUGCUGCUGCAUUACAGUGUCAAGACGAUGGGUCAUGGGAUAAAGAAGUACCGGUUUGUUUUGCAAGCUGUAUGUAUGAAAACAUAACUUAUCUAGAAUGGACGGAGUCAAAAGUCAUGUACGCACACGAAGAAUAUAUUACACUAAGCUGCACAGAACCUGCUAUAAUGGAAGGUCCUAAUACUGUACAGUGUCUGAACGGAACGUAUGUUCCAGAACUUCCAGUAUGUGAAGGAAUUCCGACCACGACACAGACUACAUCAGCAACUGUGACAACUGGAACGGAAGGACACACCGAUAUUACAAAAACAACUGAUACUCCUCUCGCUUCAUUGACGUGGUUAGCAAGUGGUACUGCCGCAGACGAUGAGACAAAAGAAACUUAUAAACUGUCGACUCCAACAGUAACAGAUACUUUUACGACCAUAUUCGAGACACAGACUGACGCGGUACAGACAUCCGUACCAUGCACUAGCUUUCAACCGAGCUCACACAGUGCGCCAACAGUAGGUGUGACUUCACGCUUUGUUUCAAUAACGAGCAAUCUUGAGACAUCAGGUAUAAGUACUCACGCUAUAUCAGAGACUGGCGCUACAAUCACUGACGAUACAUCAACUACAGAUGAGGUUAGUACUGCAAGUAUAACAGAAACUCGUACUGCAACUCAAGGCAGUGCAUUAACUGCAGACGAAGUUAGUACUGCAAGUAUAACAGAAACUGGUUCUACAACUCAAAACGAAACAUCAACGGUAGCUUGGAUUAGUACUGCAGAUGAAAUAGAAACUAUUACAGCAACUGAGGUUGAAACAUCAACUGAAGCUGUGCUUAGCACUGCAGGAAGAACAGAAACAGGUAUUGCAACUGAGGACGAAAUAUCAUCUGCAGCUGAAGUUAGUACUGCAAGUUUAACAGAAACAGGUACUGCAACUGCGGAAGAAAUGUCAACUGCAGCUGCAGUCAGUACUGCAGGUAUAACCGAAACAGGUACUGCAACUGAGGAAGAAAUGUCAACUGAAGCUGGGCUUGGUACUGCAGGAAGAACAGAAACAGGUAUUGCAACUGAGGAAGAAAUAUCAUCUGCAGCUGAAGUUAGUACUGCAAGUUUAACAGAAACAGGUACUGCAACUGAGGAAGAAAUGUCAACUGCAGCUGCAGUCAGUACUUCAAGUAUAACAGAAACUGCCACUGAAACUCAUAAUGAAACAUUAUCUGCAACUGAGAUUAGUACUCCGCAUAUAACUCAAGCUAGUGCUAUAAUUCAAGACGGAACAUCAAUCGCAGCUUCGUUUAUCACUACAGGUAUGAAUGAAGCUGGUACUACAAGUGAAGAUGAAAGAUCAACUGCAGAUAGAGUUAGUACAGCGCAUAUAACUGAAGCUGCUACUGCAACUGCAGUUGAAACAUUAAUGACAACUGGGGUUAGUACUACAGGUAUGACAGAAACCGGUACUACAACUGAAAGUGGAAUGUCAACUGUAGCUAGGGUUAGUACUGCAAGUAUAACAGCAACUGGUAUUGCAACUGAAGCCGAAACAUCAACUGCAGCUGCAGUUAGUACUGCAGGUAUAACAGAAACUGGUAUUGCAACUAAAGACAAAACAUCAGUGGUAUCUUGGAUUAGUACUGCAGGUGAAAUAGAAACUGUGACUGCAACUGAGAUUGAGGUUCAGGCAUCAACUGCAGCCCUGGCUAGUACUGCAGGUAUAUCAGAAGCUGGUACUACAGCUCAAAACGAAUUAUCAACUGCAGCGGGGGUUAGUACAGCUGGUAUAACGGUAACUGAUACUGCAACUGAAAGCGUAACAUCAACCGCAGGUUCAAAUAGUACCGCAGAUAGAGCAGAAACUAGUAUUGCAACUGCAGACGAAACUGUAGCUUCAGUUAGUACUGUAAUUAGAACAGAAAUUGGUAUUGCAACUCAGGAUGGAACAUCAACUGCACCUGGUGUUAGUACUGCAAGUAAAACAGAAACUGGUACUGCGACUGAAGUCGAAACAUCAACUGCAGCUGACACUCAAUCAACUGCAUAUGGAUUAAGUUCAACUAUUGUGACAGAAGCAGGAACUAAAAAACAAGACGAAACAUCUACUACAGCUGAAACAAAUACUCCAGUUGAAACAGUACCUACUACAGCACAUCCAACAACAGAAGCAACAUCAACUGGUACAACAAUUAAAGACGAAACGUCGGUUGCAGAUGAAUUAAGUACUCUGGUGACAGAAGAAACAUAUACGGUAACUCAAGAUAAAACGUUGAUUACAGAUGAAUUAGGUACUAUGUCUGCAACAGAGCCAGUUAAAACAACAAUGCUAUCAGAGACAACAACAGCAAAAGAAACAUACGGUACAGAAAUCACUUCCCAGUUCACACCAUUCCUUACAACAACCCAGGAAACUACAGAUGAAAUGGCCACUAAAAAAGAAACCACAACUUAUGAUGACAUCACUUCCCAGUUCACACCAUUCCUUACAACAACCCAGGAAACUACAGAUGAAAUUGCCACUGAAAAAGAAACCACAACUUAUGAUGACAUCACUUUCCAGUUCACACAAAUUCUUACAACAACCCAGGAAACUACAGACGAAAUGGCCACUGAAAAAGAAACCACAACUUAUGAUGACAUCACUUUCCAGUUCACACCAUUCCUUACAACAACCAAGGAAACUACAGAUGAAAUUGCCACUGCAAAAGAAACCACAAUUUAUGAUGACAUUACUUCCCAGUUCACACCAAUUCUUACAACAACCCAGGAAACUACAGACGAAAUGGUCACUGAAAAAGAAACCACAAGUUAUGAUGAAAUCACUUUCCAGUUCACAGCAUUCCUUACAACAACCAAGGAAACAACAGAUGAAAUUUCCACUGCAAAAGAAACCACAAGUUAUGAUGACACCACUUCCCUUUCCACACCAUUCCUUACAACAACCCAGGAAACUACAGAUGAAAUAUCUACAGAGAUCACAAGUUAUGAUGAAGCCACUACCCAGUUUACCCCAGCCCGUACCACAACUCAACAAACUACGAAGGUGAUGACCACAGAAUCGGAGGCCACAAGUUAUGUUAAGGCCACUUCCCAGUUUGUAUCAACCACUACCACAACCGAGGAAAUUACAGAGGUACUAUCCACGGAAAUUGGGACCAUAAGUUAUGAUGAAACCUCUUCUAAAUUUGUAUCAACCCCUACCACAACCAAGGAAAUUACAGAAGUACUAUCUACAGAAAUAGAGACAACAAGUUAUGACAAAACCACUACCCCUACUACACCAGUACCUACUACAGAGACCGACCCUGCGAUGGACACCACUCAUUUUAAAGAAACUACUGUGCAGUCAACUGUUCCUCUUACUAAUUACGACAAAAUAACAUCAAAGUCCACAGCAGGUACUACAUCACCAUAUGCACUCACAGUAGGAGAGGGAACUGAAUUGGAGACUACUAUUGUCGAUGAACCAUUCACAUCAAUUGGCUCAACAACAGCAGGAAUGGACGACGAAACGAUUAUGACUACUACUGAAACAAUAGUAACAACAGAACCAGGCGUAUCAACAUAUGGUACAACAGCUACAACGCAGCACAUGUCAACCCAAACAGAUGGCAUUACUACAACAGCAGCAGUGUGCAAAACUCAGAAUUACAUAUGCAUUGCUCAAUACCCGAGUCAGAGAUUUAAGAUGAAAUUGGUUAUAUUUGGCCUAACAUGGGUCGAUGACCUUAAUGAUGAUAACACAUGCAUGUACAAAGAUGAAGCUGACAGCAUUGGGCAUGGGCUUCAUAUAGUGUUUGAUGUAGGCAGACUGGGAAGAAUAAUACCGUGCUACCAUGUCACCAAGUUUACGUUACAUAAUCAUAAUAGAAGGAAAAGACAGGUCUACAUUGCUCCCACAGAUACCGAGGAUAUUAUUGAAGUAGAAGUGGAGAUACCUAUACCAUUGAAUGAAACUGACAUUACGGUCGAGUAUAUUGAAACUGAAUUUGAAUAUGGUCUGAAUGUGACUGAUGCUUUCAGAAAUAUAUCCUCAAAAACCGUCAUACUUAGUAUGACCAACGUAACCAAAUUAGAUCCAUACACACUGGCACCUACAACUGAAUUUCCGGCAACAACUGUCGGGGAUAUGGAAACCAUGACAACUUAUAUCGAUGCAUAUACUGACCAGAUUACAACAGGCAUAAUCACAGUGGAAGGCACUGAAGUAGUUUCCACCGAUGUCCUUGUUGCUGAGACAGGUGUUACAACAGAACCAAUCAUGACGAAUGGUUUCUUUAGCAAUGACACAGAAAAUGAAACUACUAUUAUCGCUACUACUAGUGAACCAGCUACAACAACACAACCAAGCACACCAUCAGACCUAAUAACAGAAGGAGAUACAGUUGACACAGCCAGUCCGUUUACCGAUGGAACAGAAGGUGAAACAUCUACAUUACAAACUACUACCAGUGAACCAGUUACAACAACAAAACCACACACAACAUCAGGUCCCGCGACAGAAGAACGUACAGUUGAUACAGCCAGUCCGUUCACAGAUGGAACAGAAGGUGAAACAUCUACAUUGAAUACUACUGCCAGUGAGCCAGUUACAACAACAAAACCACACACAACAUCAGGUCCUAUGACAAGAGAAGGUACAGUUGAUACAGCCAGUCCGUUCACAGAUAGAACAGAAAGUGAAACAUCUACAUUACAAACUACUACUAGUGAACCAGUUACAACAACAAAACCACACACAACAUCAGGUCCUACGACAGAAGAAGGUACAGUUGAUACAGCCAGUCCGUUCACAGAUGGAACAGAAAGUGAAACAUCUACAUUACAAACUACUACUAGUGAACCAGUUACAACAACAAAACCACACACAACAUCAGGUCCUACGACAGAAGAAGGUACAGUUGAUACAGUCAGUCCGUUCAAAGAUGGAACAGAAGGUGAAACAUCUACAUUGAAAACUACUACCAGUGAACCAGUUACAACAACAAAACCACACACAACAUCAGACCCUACGACAGAAGAAGGUACAGUUGACACAGCCAGUCCAUUCACAGAUGGAACAGAAAGUGAAACAUCUACAUUACAAACUACUACCAGUGAACCAGUUACAACAACAAAACCACACACAACAUCAGGUCCCGCGACAGAAGAAGGUACAGUUGAUACAGCCAGUCCGUUUACAGAUGAAACAGAAGGUGAAACAUCUACAUUACAAACUACUGCCAGUGAGCCAGCUAGGACAACAAAACCACACACAACACCAGGCUCUACGACAGAAGAAGGUACAUUUGACACAGCCAGUCCAUUCACAGAUGGAACAGAAGGUGAAACAUCUACAUUGAAAACUACUGCCAGUGAGCCAGUUACAACAACAAAACCACACACAACAUCAGGUCCUACGACAGAAGAAGGUACAGUUGACACAGCCAGUCCGUUCACAGAUGGAACAGAAGGUGAAACAUCUACAUUAAAAACUACUACUAUUGAAUCAGUUAAAACAGCACAACCAAGCACACCAUCGCCAGUUAUAACAACCCAAUCAGAUACAUCGACACAGCCAAGUGGUGUCAAAACUACAGCACCGGUUCCCACAAUGAGACAGGUUACUACAUCACAGACAGACGCUACAUCAGGUACACCAAUUACAUCAAUAGUUACUGUACCAACACAAAGUACAAGUGACGAUGCAACUACAUCAAAAGAUACUACACCAACACAAAGUACAAGUGGCGAUGUAACUACAUCAAAGGAUACUAAACCAACACAAAGUACAAGUGGCGAUGUAACUACAUCAACGGUUACUACACCAACAAAAAGUACAAGUGGCGAUGCAACUACAUCGAAGGUUACUAUACCAACACAAAGUACAAGUGGCGAUGUAACUACAUCAAAGAUUACUACACCAACAAAAAGUACAAGUGGCGAUGUUACAACUGCACCGAAAGUUACUACACCACAUCAAGAUCCCACAACACUUCAAGUUACAACUGCGCCUACUACAGCAACGGUUUUACCAACGUGUACACCAGAGGAAUAUAUCUGUAAAGUACAGAUACCCAGUCAAAGAUUUAUGAUGACCUUAUAUAUAUAUGGAUUACCCUGGAACGAUGACCUGUCAGACAAAUCAACGUGCACGUUUCGUGACGAGGCUGAUUACAUUGGCAAGGGGAUGUAUAAGGUAUUCGAUGUUGGUAAACUCCGUGGGCUUACAUACUGUUAUUACGUUCUAUCAUUCACGGAAUCACCACCUAUCAGGAGGAAGAGGCAGAAACCCAUGGUGAAUGUUCCCAUGCAUGAGAAUAUUACUAAAGUAGAUGUCGAAAUACCGAUUCCUUUAAAUGAAACUGACGUCACGGAGGCAUUGAUCCUAGAAGAAUUUACAUAUGGGCUGAAUCAAACUGAUGCGUUCAGGGAGUUUUCUAACAAAACUGUCAUAAUUGACCGGACUGAUGUUAUAAAACUAGAUUCCUACACCAUGGAACCUCCCACGGAAUCCACAGAAGAAGGUGAUGAUGGCGUUGCUGACCGGCAGCUUGUCAUAUUGGCUGCUACCCUUGGGACCACGGCCGCUGUACUCGUUGUAGCUCUUUGUGUGUUUCUGUUCGCCUUCUGUCGAGCAGUUCGUAGACGCAGACACCAAAGAGACCAAAGCAAACACUUCGCCUAUGUCGACCACAAGUACCCUCACACGGUUAGUCGACCGUAUGGACUUGAACAAGGGCCCGAGUCCUCUUUUGAGUGGGACUCGUACAGUGAGAGCAUCAGUGAAGUCAGUGCUAGCAAUGGUGACUCGACAUUUAAGAUGGACCAACGAAUGCGGCAUUUAGCCAUGGUAAUGAACCAAGCACCCGAAGUAUCGCCACACAUGCGUGCCAAGCCACCUAAAUUAGACUAUGGAGAACCAUAUGAAGCCGCGUUCUCUGAAGAUCAUGGAUUUAUACGACCAUAUGUUGCAACGGGGUCAGAGAUUUCGGAGUCAAAGUACUCAGACUGAAUUUAUCUUUGGAAAUAAAACUGAGAUGACGUCAUCGAUGACGAGGAUACACUUCUAUUAUAGAUAUGAAGCAACGUGCAAUUAAUUAUAAAUUAAAAAACGUCUGCAGUAGAUGCAGACAUUUUAUUUUUGAACAAAGUGAUUUAUAAUAUGUACUUGAAGUACGUCACGUUGUGCAGAAACUAGAUUAGAUAAAUAUGUUGCUACCAUAUGAAUUUACCCACUAACAUAUUGUGUUAUGUAACAGCAUUUUUAAUCGUUUAGUAUUCAUUUUUAGUAUUGUUACUUCUCAGGAUACGCUUGGAGUGUAUUUUAUUACUAUUUACAAUUGCGAGUACACUUCUGACCAUAUUUACCCAUACGACCGAAUACAAGUAUUAUAUUUAUUCAAGACGUAUAUAUUUAUAAGAACUCACACAAACAAUUUGCGCCCUCUAGCGAUGACACACUUUUGUGACGUAGAAAUGACGUAGGUGGGUGAAAGUUCACUUUGACAACAUUGUUGUUUUCCCAUUUAGAAUAUAGAAAUCUUUCAAAAACAUUUUUUUAACGGACGACUACAGAUCAAAACAUAUGCAUUACCAUUUCAGCAUCGCUAGGGGGCGCGGCAUUUUGUUUGCAAUGACACGAUUAGGGUAUUCCAGAAUAAUAUACAGUAAAUAUUCCUAGUCGAAUUCACGGUGCUCAUGUAACUAAUAUUUUUAUUUUUACUUGUUUUUCUAUUUGAAUUGCUGAUUUGACGGAGUUCAAAGAAUAAAUU